AUGAGAGAUCUAGAUGCCGGAUUGCUUCUUAAUCCGUUUACUUUCCUUGCUCACAGGCAUCAUUUCCCCACAAAAUUGGAGCCAGAGCACCGCUGGGAGCCACUAGACCAAGUGUUAUGCCGCUGGCUAGCUCUCUGGGACCGCGGGAAAUACUACUGGGAUGACGAACUGCAGUACCCGCUGGUACGGCCAUGGGUUGAACAAGAUCUUAUUGAGAGCCUUGCGGCGUGGGAUGGGCUGCUGAGCUCUAUCGUGAAACGAUUACCCACGGAAACAUUAGUGGAAUGGCAAGCUCCGUUAUCGAAGGCACUGUUGGAUCAAUUCAAAGACAGAGUCUCCCUGUUUACAAUGGAGUUCUUAUCACGUGCCAAACGCCCAGCUUCUUUUCAAUUGAUUGCACCGGGAAUUACGAUCUUCUCGGAGGAAAGUUUUGUCGACACGUAUGCGCAAGAAGCGGACAAUACAUGGCGACGGCGAUGGAUGGAACAUGCAGAUCCUAACGAGUGGCCUAGUUUGUUGCUUCCAAGGCUGACUAGGCGUCCUGUGCCCCGCGAGCACACUACAGAUGCUUUAUUUUACAAAGACUGGGGUGUGGGAAAGUUCACGGUCAAUUGA